UUUCCUCUUUCCUUCUUCUCUCCUUCUUAGAAAUUAGCCACAUCACAAACUCAAGAAAAUUACACCAGCUACUAUACCUUGAACAAUAUUCUUAUUAAUUAGUAGCAACAGCACAACUUGUUCUCCCAUAAAUAUUAAUUAGAGGGAAGAACAAAAGAAACCUGAAGAAAAUAUGGGAAAUUGCUGGCCUAAACCUGUAGAUAAUCUUCCUAGCUCUAACAAGAUUUCUAGCCCUCCUCCAGUGAUCAAGAAACAUACGGCUACUCCGGCAAAUAAUACCAAAAGGGCGGUGGCGGCGCAGCCUAGUGGAGAUGGCGGAGCAGGAGGCGGAGGUGGCGGUGAUCAAUCGGGGAAAGAGGAAUUAGUACUACCGGCGAGUGGGAAAAUAGUAACUCCAAACUUGAAAAUGUUUACACUAGCAGAAUUGAAGAGUGCAACGAAAAAUUUUAGACCAGAUACAGUGUUAGGAGAAGGAGGAUUUGGAACUGUAUUUAAAGGAUGGGUUGAUGAUAAAACAUUUGCUCCUUCUAAAGUUGGAGUUGGAAUUCCAGUUGCUGUUAAAAAGUCAAAUCCUGAUAGCGAACAAGGUCUCAAAGAAUGGCAGGCUGAAGUAAAGUUUUUGGGAAAAUUUAGUCAUCCGAAUCUUGUAAAAUUAAUCGGAUAUUGCUGGGAAGAAAAAGAAUUCCUCCUUGUAUACGAACACAUGCAGAAAGGAAGUUUAGAAAGUCAUCUUUUCAGAAAAGAAGGUGCAGAAGCAAUGUCGUGGGAUACAAGGCUAAAAAUAGCAAUAGGAGCAGCAAAAGGUCUUACUUUUUUACACACAACAGAAAAGCAAGUUAUUUACCGUGAUUUUAAAGCUUCAAAUAUUUUACUGGAUGCGGAUUACAAUGCCAAGCUUUCUGAUUUUGGACUAGCUAAAAUGGGUCCAGUAAAUGGUGACUCGCAUGUGACCACUAGAGUCGUUGGCACUUAUGGUUACGCUGCCCCGGAGUACAUGGCUACAGGUCAUUUGUACGUGAGGAGUGACGUAUAUGGGUUUGGAGUUGUGUUGCUAGAAAUAUUAACGGGCCGUAGAGUACUGGAUCUGAAUAGGCCGAAUGGGGAGAUUAAUUUAGUUGAAUGGGCCAAACCAAUGUUACCUGACAAAAAGAAGCUAAGGAAAAUAAUGGACCCAAGGUUAGAAGGACAAUACCCAUCAAAAGCUGCAUAUGAAAUAGCAGAAAUCAUAGUACAAUGUCUUGAGCCUGAUCCUAAAACUAGACCUUCUAUGGAAGAGAUUUUGGAUUGUUUAGAACAAUGUAACGCGAUCAAGAUGAAGCCGAGAGAAAGAAAUGCUACUCGUGCCCACGAUCAACGAUCAGGAAAUCAUAAUAAUCAUAAUAAUUACGGGUGUCGGUCACCUCUCCAUGUUAAGAAAACAGGUAGUGGUAAUGUAAUUGGAAACCAAGGCCGUCAUGUUGCCAUCAAUCGAAGCUACUGAAACUUGAUCAGGAGAUCCACAGAGGGUUCAGUUUCUUAGUUAUAUGAUCCGUUUCACAGGAGACCUUUAUAUUAAGGUGUAGACGGAAAUUAUAAACAAACGUUUAUAGGAUCAUUUUCUUCCAUUCAAAUUGUAACUUGUACAAUUCCCUCCAUCCGAAGGUGGACAAUCCCAAAGAAAUUGAUAUAUUGGCGGCCCAAUCCAACUUUAAACAUUGAAGGCCCAAUAUAUUCAGCCCAUUUAAGGGGCCCCUGAGACCUGUUGGUACUUUGAAUUGGUCCUACGUAAUCAUGAAAAAGCUGGCAUAUGUCUGUAUCAGACUGAAGGAUAGUCAACGUCAAGAAAAGAAUGAACUGUUAUUGUUACCCUUUUCUCCUUUUUUGUACUGACUAGAUAUGAUUGUAUUGCUUUUGUCUGUAUAUUUUUAAUUUUUGGAUUCAUUUUGUAGGGGGAUCUUUGUUCAUGUAUCAUAUUCUUAAGGUUACUAUUGAUUUGUCUUUUUUA